AUGGCGCCGCCGCUCAAGGACGAGCUGGACAUCGUCAUCCCGACGAUCCGCAACCUGGACUUCCUGGAGAUGUGGCGGCCCUUCUUCCAGCCGUACCACCUCAUCAUCGUGCAGGACGGCGACCCGGCCAAGACGAUCAAGGUGCCCAAGGGGUUCGACUACGAGCUCUACAACCGCAACGACAUCAACAAGAUCCUCGGCCCCAGGGCGUCCUGCAUCUCCUUCAAGGACUCCGCGUGCCGCUGCUUCGGCUACAUGGUGUCCAAGAAGAAGUACAUCUACACAAUCGACGACGACUGCUUCGUGGCCAAGGACCCUACGGGCAAGGACAUCGACGCGCUGGCGCAGCACAUCAAGAACCUGCUCUGCCCGUCCACGCCGCUCUUCUUCAACACCCUCUACGACCCCUACGCGCCGGGCGCCGACUUCGUGCGCGGCUACCCGUUCAGCCUCCGGGAGGGCGUGCCGACGGCCGUGUCGCACGGGCUGUGGCUCAACAUCCCGGACUACGACGCCCCCACGCAGCUGGUGAAGCCCCGGGAGCGGAACGAGAGGUACGUGAACGCCGUGAUGACCAUCCCCAAGGGCACCCUCUUCCCCAUGUGCGGCAUGAACCUCGCCUUCGACCGCGACCUCAUCGGCCCCGCCAUGUACUUCGGCCUCAUGGGCGACGGCCAGCCCAUCGGACGCUACGACGACAUGUGGGCCGGCUGGUGUGUCAAGGUAAUCUGCGAUCGCCUGGGCUUGGGCGUCAAGACCGGGCUGCCCUACAUCUGGCACAGCAAGGCCAGCAACCCGUUCGUAAACCUCAAGAAGGAGUACAAGGGCAUCUUCUGGCAGGAGGACAUCAUCCCCUUCUUCCAGGCCGUCGUGCUGUCGAAAGACUGCGACACCGUGCAAAAGUGCUACAUCGCGCUCUCACAACAGGUCAAGGAGAAGCUCGGCAAGGUCGACCCCUACUUCACCAAGCUCGCCGACGCCAUGGUCACCUGGAUCGAGGCCUGGGACUCGCUUAACCCCGCGGGGGCUGCCGUCGCCAACGGCAAGCCCAAGAAGUGA